UCUGGGUCCUCAGUCUCCAAGGCAACGAUAUACACAAACUUGGUAGUGGGUUUUCAGCUGAUGGUCUUCAGCUCAGUGGUUUUCAAUCACUUUUCAGAUUAUGAGAAGAGUCUGUCAAACUAGUAUUAUCUGAUGUACAAUUUACAACAAAAAUAAGAUGUCGGUUCAAAGCAUCAGACUCCCUCCUUUACCAGUACCGGAAAGACUCUAUCCAGACUGUCCUCCCUGUGACAAUGACAAAAGGAUGUUGCAGAAAAAGACUAGUCACAAGGGGACCCGAGGAUCACGAACCUCCAGGGUAGGACCUGCCUCUGGCUACCUGUCCACAUGGCCAGCUCACAUGACCUCACGCAUCACUGAUGAGGCGAGGAGCUGCUUCACCAAGGAAAAGAUAAGGAUCCAUGGGUGCGACGACGGCCUCAGCGGACCUCCGCUGGGGAAGCCUCGGUUUCUCGAGCUCCUGGAGGAGCACCUGCGGCAGGAGCUGCAGGACUGGAACCCGGAGCUACCCAAAGCGCAUGAGCGCAAACUGCAGGCAUAUCGAGAUGUCUUUGACUACUUCAUUGAAGACUUCAGAACUUACAAGCCUCUCCUCACUUCCAUCAAAAACGAAUAUGAAUCAGCCCUAGGGCACCUGCGGGAUCAGAUCCGGGAGCUGGUGCCCCUGCGGGCACAGCUGGCGAUACUGUCGGAGGAAAGCGACCUGCGCAUCAUGGCUCUGUGCAAGGAGGAGAAGGAAGAGGUGAUGAAAAUGAAGGAGGAGUGCAGAAACCUGGAGAAAGUGAUUGACACCAUGAGGGAGGAGCAGAAAUGUUUACAGGCGCAGGUGAGUUGUCUGGAGAAGGAUCUUCGUGCUCAGUACCUGGCGUACCGUGACGAACGAGACGCCCGAAAUCUGCUCAUCGACAAAGUUAACUGCUUGGCCAACGAAAAGGAACAGGACCACCACGAGGAGCACGAGGAGGAGGACCUGUUGAAACUGAAGCUGACGCUGAAGGUGUGCCGGGAGGAUAUGACCCGGGCCCAGGUGGAGCUCAACCAGCUCCAGGCUGACUAUGCGGACGUGGUGCCCCGGCGAGACUGGGACAACCUGGAACGCUCCCACCAGGAGAACCAGGAGCAGCUGGAGGUUUUGCAGAAGGACUUCGAUAAGCUGCAGGCCCAGCAUGACACGCUCGUAGAGGAGCACCAGCAGGCCGUGCAGGAGCGGGACAGCCUCCAGGCCAAGCUGGAGGGCGACCGCGCCUACACCCCUCGGCCCGAAUGGGAGAAAUGCUCAGUCCUCCUGGGCGGGAGCGAACGCUGGGAGGAGAUCUCGGCUGACCUGAGCAGUCAGCAGCUUCUGGAGCUUGUCCUGACAGAGCUGGGAGUUGCUCCUGAUGUGCAGGAAAAGGAGGUGGCGCUCCCCCUGGUGGCCACUCAGAGUAUUGGCGAUGACGUGCCAGAGUGCCUGCACUAUGAGGGGGCUUUUAAGAAGAUGAGCCUGAAGAAAGCAGAUGCAGUGAGAGUCAUAAAGGAUGUCUGGAAGGAGAAAGUGACCGAGGAUGAGCAGAACGAGGAGAGAAACAACCUGGCCGAGUUUCUGCGCAGGCACCUGGACAGACAGCACGGGGAGCGUGCUGGUGACUGGGCCUACAACCUGCUGCAGACCUGCCAGCAGCACCGCGAGGAUGACCUCAUCGGCCUCUUCUAUGACAUCCUCACCGGAAAGGUGGACGAAAGCGUGCACCACGGGCAGACACACAUGCUGUCUCACCUGUUGAAAGAGCUGAUCCAGAGCGAUGCCACGGAGAACGGAAUGCUGACCAAUCAGGAGUUCAGCGAGGCUCUGAAGAGGGCUUUCCCUCUGAAGGAGGAGAGGGAUAUUGAAGAGCUGGUGACAGCUGCUGAGACUGAGCUGGGCAACAGCGACGGAAGCAUCUCCUAUCAGGCCCUGUAUACAGAGGAUUCGGACGGGAAGCACAGGGACUUCCUGAGUCUGGUGAAGCGACAGAGAAGUGAGGAGAGGCGCCAGUACGUCAACCAGCUGAGGGACCAGCUCGGAGAGAAAGAUAUGGUGGAGCUGGAGGAUCUGAAGAUGGCCUUCAAGAACAUCGACCCAACCUUGGGUCAGGCAACGCUGGAACGUUAUCUGGGUCUGGCUUUCCAGGCUCUACCCACCCAGCUGGAGCAGUCCCAAGCCCCCCUGGACACAGAGCUGGCCCUGCAGCGCCUCCUGGUGGCUGAUGUGAACAGGGCAGGACCACCACCAUCACCAUCACCACCACAGGACCCAGAGUAAAAUGUACAGGAUUUUUUUUUUUUUUUUUUUUGAAAAAUCCUUACCUAGAAACAGAUGCAACAUGUUUUUCUAGCUUGGUAGCAAUUUUAAGAUUUAAGAUUAUAGCAGUAUUUUUGAAAAUGUACUCUGUGCAGUAGAACCUGUGGAAGAUACAGUACCAUAGGUUUCUUUGAAAGCAUUAUGCAUCUGGGCAAUAAAAGUGAACUUCUUCUGUUCAUCAAUCAA